AUGAUGCGUUUGUCCAAGCGCCGAGAUCUGCAGUAUUCCGCGCAGCCUGUGACCUACUUGCCUUUCUUCCCCUACUUGCUCAUGGCGCUCCACCGGCGCACUGGCAAGGCGGACUACUUGAAGUGCAUCGCCCGCACGGCAGCUGCUUUGGCGACGCAGCCGGCCUGGACCCGCAACGCUGGCUAUGACUUCGUCCUUCCCAUCGGUUAUGAGCGUCCAUGGGAGCGGCGAGGGCAGCCGGAAACUGCGAGCUUGGAGGCGGACCCAGACCCCUACAUCUUGCAGACCUACGACGCGCGGCUCGGGAACGCGCUGCUCCUCGUCACGCACAACCUAUUUUUCGGCGACCGCCAAAGCCUGCUGUCGCCCAACUACGGAGGCGCUGCUUAUCGCACGCUUAGGAAUCUCGUGGUGCCGCUGCCCUUCACUUUGAACUGCACCACCUGGCGGCAGAGCCUGGCCGAGCGAGAGAGGCCAUCGUCUGUGCCCUUCCUCGUCAGCUUCGCUGGGUCACAGAAUGGCGAGACCCGCCGCUUGCUCCACAACGGCGCGGAAACGCUGCGCAGCCGCCUCAGCGAUGCCGACAAGAAAAAGCUGGCCGUGAGGUUUGUGGUGGAGGAUGAGGCGCGCGCCCGUUUGAGCCAGGAUCCGUCCUCGGUGCUGGCGGGCUGGUUCGGAGAUUCGGUGCAGUCCUUUGACGACCUGCUCAAGAAGAGCCGGUUUUGCUUGGUGCUGCCGGGCGAUGUCUCCGACUUGGCCAUGCGCUUCUUCCACGCCUUGUCGGCCGGCUGCACGCCGGUGGUGGUGGGCGGCCCUAGCGCCACGGUGCCACUGCCCUUCGCUGAAUUCCUGGACUACUCGCGCUUCGCCAAGCUUGCGAGGGUGCGGAAUGUCCGCGAGGCUGAGGAGUUGCUGGCGAAGCUGCUGCAGGAGCCGCCGAUCGAAGCGUACGACGGCUUGUUCGACAGUAUCGGCGGCCUCUUUAUGAGGCACCAAGGCUGCGGCGUGGAGUCCGGGGAGCCGUUCCUGGAGCUCUUGGCCAAGUCCCUGGAGGCCAGGGCAAAGGUUUGGCCGCUGCUGCGCUGGUACAACUAG